AACCCAAACGCAACGGAAGAUCGAACCCAAACACGCUCAACCUUAGACUCUGACAGUUAGCUGCCAUUCACGGAUUCACCUAAUCUUCCGCUCCCAAUCCCAUUUGUCUAUUACUCCAUCAUCUUCUCCUCCGUCCAUCUUAACUCAGAAAAAAUGAGCUGGUGGUGGGCUGGAGCUAUUGGCGCUGCCAAGAAGAAAUUCGGGGAAGAUGAACAGCCGCGAAGCUUCCAGAGCGUGGGGCUGGUGAUCGGCGUGACUGGCAUCGUGGGCAACAGCCUGGCGGAAAUCCUUCCACUUUCAGACACCCCAGGCGGGCCCUGGAAGGUCUACGGCGUGGCACGCCGGCCACGCCCCAACUGGAACGCGGACCACCCAGUCGAGUACAUCCAGUGCGACAUCUCCGACGCGGAGGACACCCAGGCCAAGCUCUCUCCCCUGACUGAUGUUACCCACAUCUUCUAUGUCACCUGGACCAACAGAUCCACGGAGGCCGAGAACUGCGAGGCCAACGGCGCGAUGUUCCGCAACGUGCUUAGCGCCGUAGUCCCGAACGCAGUGAAUCUCAGCCACGUGUGCCUUCAGACAGGGACCAAGCACUAUAUCGGACCCUUCGAAGCUUACGGCAAGAUCCAAUCCUACGAAGUACCUUUCUCGGAGGACUUGCCUCGAUUGGAGGUACCUAAUUUCUAUUACACUCUUGAAGAUGUGUUGUUUGAAGAGGCCGAGAAAAAAGAGGGCUUGAAUUGGUCGAUUCAUAGGCCCCAAGUGAUAUUCGGGUUCUCGCCGUAUAGCUUGAUGAACAUAAUCGGCACGCUUUGCGUGUACGCCGCUAUAUGCAAGCAUGAGGGGCUUCCCUUGAAAUUCCCCGGGACCAAAGCGGCUUGGGAGUGUUACUCGGUGGCUUCCGAUGCUGAUCUUAUCGCGGAGCAGCUUAUUUGGGCAGCGGUGGAUCCGUAUGCGAGGAACGAAGCAUUUAACUGCAGCAACGGGGACGUGUUCAAGUGGAAGCACUUUUGGAAAGUGUUGGCUGAGCAAUUUGGAAUUGAGAAGUUUGGGUUCGACGAGGGUGAGACAUUGAGUUUGAGGGAGAUGAUGAAAGACAAGGGUCCUGUGUGGGAGGAGAUUCUGAGGGAGAAUCAACUUCCACCCACCAAGCUCGAGGAUGUUGGAGUCUGGUGGUUUGCGGACAUGAUGCUGGGAGGGGGGGAGGCCCUGUUGGAUAGCAUGAAUAAGAGUAAGGAGCAUGGGUUCUUGGGGUUCAGAAACUCAAAGAAUUCGUUCAUCUCCUGGAUCGAUAAGAUGAAAGCUUACAAGAUUGUGCCUUAAAAAUUAUUAGGCAAAUGUUUAUGGUCCUCCGGUGUUAUUGCCAAUUGAAUGUAUGCUGGUGGUGUUCUUAAAUAAGCAUCAACGGAAAGAUGUAUGGUUUCCUUGAACAAAAUUAUUGCACUCCUACCUUGUUGCCGUGGAUUUUCAAGUAAUGGCAUGACCAAAGAGUGAUGGUUCUGUACUUCGUAGGCAAAUUAAUGGCAAUUUGGAUUUAGGGGUUGAUGGGUCGAUGGUAAAAUCGUGGGUUUUGAAA